AUGGUGUCGCUAAGAUUAGAUAAUAACAGAUAUAUAGCGUUUAACCAGGACUAUGGUUGCCUGUGUAUGGCCAAUGAGAAGGGUUUUAAGAUUUACAACACGAAUCCGUUUACCCAGACGUAUAGUAGAGAUUUAACCGACCGGAAUAAGAAUGGACUGUACUUAGCGGAGAUGCUGUACCGAUGCAACAUCCUGGCCAUUACAGGGAACAAAAAUGACAAGAAAGGAAAGUGGGCCAAAAACGUUUUAAUAAUUUGGGAUGAUAGACAAAUGAGAGAAAUAGCCAAAUUGACAUUUUCUUCCAACAUCAUUGGAGUGAGGCUACUCAGAGAAAUCAUAGUAGUCAUUUUGGAAUAUAAAUUAUGCAUAUACAGACUCAAAGACAUUAUUUUAUUGGAAACAUUGAAUACGUCAAAAAAUGUGUCAGGUUUAUGUUGCUUGUCCAAUAUAGAUAAGAAUAUUAUUAUUGCUUAUUUGUCUCCCAUAAAGGGUCGAGUUAAUAUACACAUUUUCGAAAUAAAUUCCAGCGAAAAUAUUCACGAAGAAUUACCUUAUAUAAAUUUUAAGACAAAUUUAAGUAUAUAUGCCCAUGACAGUUCAGUAGCAUGUAUUAACUUAAGUAAUGACGGCAAAUUACUAGUUACGGCAUCCUCCAAGGGGACCAUUAUAAGACUGUUUAAUACAUUUGAUGGAACCCUACUAAAUGAAUUCAGAAGGGGUACAAAAAAUGCGAAAAUUUUAUCGCUAAAUAUUAGUGAAGAUAACAACUGGCUAUGCUUAACGUCCAGUACAAAUACAGUACAUGUAUUUUCUGUAUACAAAAAAAAAAGACCUUUACGAAAAGUGGAUAUUAUAUGUAAGGGCAAGAAUUUAUCCCCGCCAGCGUUACUCAAUUAUGAAAAGGAAUCCAAAAAUAAAAAAUCCAGUUUGAAAUGUUUGUUACCAUGUCAUCCCUACUUAAAUAGCGAAUGGAGUUUUGCAACAUACAAAAUCCCAGGGAAGAAAAUUUCCUCUAUCUGUGCUUUUGUAAAUGACCAAAACUGUAUUAUCGUUAUUUGCUCCAAUGGGAUAAUUUACAAGUUGCGCUUUAACGAGCAUAUUGGGGGAGACAUGUUUAAAAUUUCCUCUCACAGUUUUGACUAA